AUGGGUGAACAAUUUAGCAGUCCAGACCCUGUGAAUGGUUCUUUGUUUUUAUCUGCAGAGUUUAUUGGGGUUGAAGAUACCUAUGCAAGCUAUGUGACGUAUGCGAAGGGUAUUGAUUUUGCCAUGCAAAAGGGAGAUUCUAUUAAAGACGAGGAGGAAAAUUUUGUCAGGAAGUUUUUCUACUACAAUCGGCAAGGGGUGCGGGAAAAGAAGCACUAUAAGAGGGUUGACAGAAAAAGACCCCAUAAACCGGAGACAAGAACAAAUUGCAAUACCAAGCUUGUUAUGUUUCUGGACAAAAGUUGUGGGAAGUGGCGGAUGAAGGCAUUGGUUGAGGAACAUAAUCACGACUUGUCGUCCCCAGUGUUCACUAAUAUAAUGGCACCGCAUAGGAAGAUCACAGAAGGUCACAAAGCGCAUAUACAUAGCAUGCAUGAAGCCGGUUUCCAUACAACUCAAAUCAUGGGCUUCUUUGCCCAUAUGUGUGGUGGAUAUCACAAUCUUAACCUCAUAAGUAAGGACUUGUAUAAUUAUAUGGAUGGAGUUAGACAAUUCAGAAUAGUGGAGGGAGAUGCAGCGCAACAAUAA